AUGCUACCAAGGAUAGCAACCGCCGGCUCAACAGCACCCAAAGAGCCAAACAAAGCAGCGUCAUUUCCCAGCUCGCGACUUGCACGCUCAUUUAAGGGUGUCAGACAACUCUGGAAACCACGACAUGCUUCAACUUACGACACCAAGGCCCAGUUACAGACUUCGUACGCCAAAGCUGGAAUGUCAGCAGUGGCAAUGACCCUCACAGCUGAUCUACGCACAAAGGCAGACAUGCAUUCCAUCACAUUGCUACACCCGAGCAUGGACUUCAUUCCUCAUGGAGGUCAUUUGAGUUGGCCAUCGUCUGCAGCAAACCCUCGAGCAUUUGUACACUACGAGCCCAACCGAGAUCAUGUGGCAAUGGGAUCAAACCCAGAUACAAAAUAUUCCAAUUCGCUUUGGUUGACGGUGGAUCAAUACGCCUGGCUAAUUCAACAAUUGCAAGAAGAACAAAGCGUUCACGACGCCUUAAAGGCCGACCAUGGCUCCGCUCUGUUUGCAGCCCCCUCUCCAGGUGUUACCAGCUGGGGAGCUUUCAUUCGCCCCUUUGCCGCUUCUCCUGCUCCUAUGCUAGGUGUGCUGCAUGCACAUAUCUGCACUCGCACACUAGCCAGACGUCUUGCUAGGCUUGUUCUGCGAGCAAAGCACCGUUCUAUGCCUGACAUCUAUCGUCACUGUCUUUUUAUGCUUCCAAAAGCCCUUUUGUUGCAAGCAGCUACCUUUAUUCCACAAACAAAACAGCUUCCGCUUCUUGAACUUGAUCUGUCCUACCAACGUGCUCUACGAGAACCUUUUGAAUCACUUAGUCCGGAAUUCCAUCAGCGCCUACUGCGCUAUGCAGACCGGAUCGCACUCUCCGCUCAUGAAGUCGCCCCUGUGAGAAUGACAGAAAGAUCUUCCGAGGACCAACAUCAUUAUUGUGCCUUGACGUGUCGCAAAUGCCAGUGCGACACCAACCUACAUAUGGCCUUGAGUGCCAUCUCUCCAUUUUCGGGAAUGAACACCUCCCGCUUCUCCGUCAGCAGCGACCAGCACAUGUCAGGCACAAUACCCACAGUCCGAGUAUCUACUCAUCACAGCAGCAACAACAUCAUUGACUCAACGGAAGAUAGUCUGGGUGACCCCACAUUCGUAGUCUCUUUCUCUCAAGCUAUGUUUGGCACCGACUCUUUGUCUUCUUGUCAAAGAGUGCCUCAAAGUUUAGAAAACAUUUCUGGCCAACGAACUACCCCCCAAACUAGUUUAAGUGUGCACUACACAGAAUCUCUUGUGUCCGACACUGUUUCAAUGUCAUCCUUUCCAGCUCACACCACUUCUUUCUCAAAUUCUACCAAACCCGAAAAGCGAGGGUAUGUAGCCGUUGACCAUCAGAAUGAAGAGAUACUUGUUGUAUUUCCUGGUGCGUGUUCAUCAGAUACCCUAUUUGAAAAUGUGUCUUACACACCUGUUCCAUGGGAAGAGGCUGAAGAUAAUAUGGGAAAUACUACCGAUGAAUCAGUUACGCACGAACGCAAACGUUCCAAGAGUAGAAAUUUCAAGUCUUCGUGGUCUCGUGCGAGCUUCUUGAAGCACAGGCCCGAGUCGAUGGAGGUUACAGACGAUCAAAAUGCGAAAUCAUUAGAACCCGACCAAGAUAUUUCUCCGUGGGUGUUGGAUUAUGCCUUGACUGCCUGGCGCCGAUGCGAACUCAAGGUUGCUACAUUAUUAAUGCGGGUGUGCCAUGCCACACCUGCUCAUUAUAAAGUUGUCAUCCUUGGACACUCACUUGGCGGAGCUGUGGCAGCCCUCUGUGCAUCAUCACUAGUGUCAACCAGGCUCUUGGUUGACCGAUCAGUCACACUCUGUACUAUCAAUUCACCUCGAGUGGGCAACCGUGCAUUUGUAAAUCACCUCACGGCGCAAAACAUAAAAACCAUUCGAAUUACAUAUCCCUCUGACCUGAUGGCUCAUCUUCCACCGCGUACUUCUGGCCUUGUUCAUGCAGGGUCAACAACAGUCCUUAUGGCUCCUGUCGACUCAACGUGUGACAUGCAAGCUACAAUGUUAAUUAAUGCGGUCAAUCCAAGUACGACAGAGGACCUUCUUGCACGCACAUUCCCGCCAACCACUUAUCACACCCGUAGACAUCAUAUGGCGUGGGAUAUCAAUCUUUGCCCUGAAGAUUGCAAUGUACGAAAAAAAAUAAUGGCAAGUUGA